GGUACAAAUAAGACCGGCCGACGCUGGCACGCUACCUUCACUCUCGUUCUUCCUCCCUGCGCAACACCGACACGCGUUCCACGAUGAGGCCGCUCAUUGUGCUCUCGCUCUGCUUGCUGGCGCUGGUCGGCUUCUCUCGGGCCGGAGACGUGCAACAGGUCGCCACGGGACAUCGACGCACCGAUCUGCAAGACGGCGCCAACUGCCAGAACAACGACCAGUGCCUGUCCCGAUGCUGCCUCAAGGUGUUCCACGGUGACGGCGCGGGCAGCCCCGGUGAAUGCCGCCCGGCCGCGGGUCCCGGAGAACGCUGCAGCUACGAGCAGGUCAAAGGAGGCGCCAACGUCAACUACUGCCCCUGCCGCGUCGGUAUUUGCGGGGACGACGACAUCUGCCCCAGCGAGGACACCAGCGCCGAGGGCGAUCACCGCUGACAGGAUGCGGAAUGAAACAUAGGCGUCCGCAUCUCUAGCCGAAUCUUCUUGUUUUAAUAUAGACAUUGACGAAGUCGCCAUUAAAGCGUAAUAAUAAAAUGAACCUCUACAAUCGCA